GACUGGCAGAGACACUGGGGCGGAAGGCAGUGAGCAAACACCACCACCCACCAUGAAGUUCUACAUGUGUGCAGCUGUGGGCCUCCUGGCAGUGGCGGCGCUGGUGCACGCCGACCCUGAGCCCGAGGCCCUCGCUGAGGCUGACCCUGAAGCCUCCCAUCCCUACUACCCUUACCGCUACUACGGCUACCCUUACCGCCACUACGGCUACCGCUACCACCACCACCACAAGCGGUCUGCUGAACCCGAGGCUGCGGCCGAUGCUGACGCGUCCAGACACUCCUACAGCCACUACGGCUACUACCGCUACCCCUACGACUACGGCCACCCCCACCACCACCACAAGCGUUCUGCUGAUCCAGAGCCCAGCGCUGAUGCCUCUGCUGAGCCCAGCCGCAACUACUACCACGGCCGCUACUACGGCUACCCCAGCCACUACUACGGUUACCGCCACUACUACGGCCACCCCCACCACCCCCAUAAGCGUUCUGCUGACCCAGAGCCCAGCGCUGACGCCUCUGCUGAGCCCAGCCGCACCUACUACCACGGCUACGGCUACCCCAGCCACUACUACGGUUACCCUCGCCACUACUACCACUAG